CUCUUCCCGCCGCUGCGCCCAAGGAGGAGGAGUAAAAAGGGGGACCGGGCGCCACCCCACCGCCUGCCUGCCUGCCCCCCCCCUCCAUGCCUCUGGGGCCCGGGAGCGCUGCCUCUGCCGCCGCGCUGGGGAACUUUUGCCAUGGCGGAGGCGGCCGGCGCGGGCUCAGAUAAUCUUCCGGGGGAAGGAAACCAGGCUGUUGUUUUGGCAGGUUCAAACAUUAUGUCUCCCGUGACCCCUUCAAUAAAUCCAUUUACGGUGGAAUUUCCUAGAAAGCGAAAAGGGAGCGACUCUGAUACUCAAUAUACCUGUGAUACUGAGGCCGAUGAUCUCCAGAGCAGGAGUGAAGAUGAAGAGCAUGUGAAAAUUAAGUAUUUCAGAGAGGCUCACAGCCAGACAGAGAAAAGGAGAAGAGACAAAAUGAAUAACCUGAUAGAAGAAUUAUCCGCUAUGAUACCUCAGUGCAGUCCAGGGGCUCGUAAGCUGGAUAAGCUUACGGUAUUAAGAAUGGCCGUGCAGCAUUUAAAGUCACUGAAAGGUUCCACCGGUUCUUACUCAGAAGUUAGGUAUAAGCCUUCAUUUUUACAAGACAAUGAACUUCAACAGCUCAUUCUUAAGGCUGCCGAUGGUUUCCUGUUUGUGGUUGGAUGCGACAGAGGAAAAAUCCUGUUUGUUUCCGAAUCUGUUUCCAAGAUACUUAAUUAUGAUCCCACACAUCUGAUUGGUCAAAGUCUUUUUGAUUAUCUUCACCCGAAGGAUGUUGCCAAAGUAAAAGAACAGCUGUCCUCUUCAGAUGCUUCACCCAGAGAAAAACUGAUAGAUACCAAAACUGGUUUGCAAGUUCGUGUGGAUUUCCAAGCGGGAUCUUCUUGUCUGCAUUCUGGUGCUCGGCGUUCAUUUUUUUGCCGCAUGAAGUAUACAAAAAACACAGUCAAGGAGGAGAAGGAGUCCUUGUCAAACUCAAAAAAGAAAGAUCAUAAAAAGUACUGUACCAUUCAUUGCACUGGUUAUCUGAAAAGCUGGCCCACAAAUGAAGUGGGAAUUGAAGAAGAUACAGAAAAAGAGAGCGGCAAUUUUAAUUGUCUUGUGGCAAUCGGCCGAUUGCACCCUUACACCAUUCCACAAAAAAACAUUGAGAUUAAAGUCAAGCCAGCAGAAUUUGUAACCCGCUUUGCCAUGGAUGGAAAAUUUGUGUUUGUAGAUCAACGAGCAACAGCAAUUUUAGGAUAUUUACCCCAAGAACUGUUAGGAACAUCUUGUUAUGAAUAUUUCCACCAGGAUGACCACAAUCAUCUAACUGAAAAACACAAAACAGUGUUACAGAGCAAAGAAAAAAUAUUUACCAAUUUCUACAAAUUCAAAGCGAAAAACGGCUCCUUUGUCACCUUAAAAAGUCAGUGGUUUAGCUUCAUCAAUCCAUGGACCAAAGAACUGGAAUACAUUGUGUCGAUCAAUACCGUUGCUUUAGGUCACAACGAAUCGGGUGAAGAAACUCUACUAGCCUGCGGUUCCCUGUCUUCAGAAGAUACCCUAAAGCCACCAUUUCUUGAUGUACCAGGAACAUCUACAGGGACCAUCCUCGGAGCUGGUAGCAUAGGAACCAAAAUUGCAAAUGAAGUGUUAGAUCUGCAAAGAUUACACGCAUCGCCUCUUGGUGAUUUAAGCCCAACUGAUCUUACAAGGAAGUCUUCUCCUGUCCUAGAUGUUAGUCGUGAUGAUGCUCCAAAUAAAGAGCUUACAGAGUUUUGUCCUCCAGGAAUAGAAGAUUUAGAGACUCCAGGGCAAAAUCAAGAUGUGAUUUCAUUCUCCAACAAUGAGCCUCUUCUCAGUGGCACUUCUCAGUUAGAUUUUGAAAAAGAGACUGCCAUGGCUGUUCUUAUGAAUUAUUUGGAGGCCGAAGGAGGACUGGGGGAUCCCACAGAGCUCAGCGACAUGCAGUGGACUCUCUAGAUUUACACCAGCGAGGAGAAGAUACGCAUUUUCAAUGCACAGGAAAUAACCGCUCAUCCUCAAGUACUGUAUUGGUUAUACCAGGAGUAGGCAACCUUGGCUCUUUUAUGACUGGUGGACUUCAACUCCCAGAAUUCCUGAGCCAGCCACGCUGAGGGGAAAGGGAGAGGUUUCCAAGCUGAGCCAUGCUGGCUCAGGAAUUCUGGGAAUUGAAGUCCACCAGUCAUAAAAGAGCCAAGCUUGCCUACCCCUGGGUUAUACCGUAAAGCUUUAAUUCCUACGUACGAGAAAAAUAUUUACAGUAUUAAUGUUUUUGAAAGACUUUUGCCUUAUAUGCCUUGAGCUCCCAGACUGAACUGAUGCAAUAUUUUGUAAAGACAACACAACCUCAAUUUUGUUAUCGAUGUGUAAGUAGACUUUAAAUAAGCUUUAAACGUGGGUAUCUUUUUACUGAAAUCUUUCAAGAGAACGUUAUUAUAAGCAACAAGCGUAGGGAUUCUGUUCUGAAAUAUCUUAGUUAUUGAGAUAUUGCAGUGGUUCUCAACCUGUGGGUUGGGACCCCAUUUGGGGUCGAACGACCAUUUCACGGGGGUCGCCAAACAACGCAGUCCGCCAUUUCCCUCCCCCCUUUUCCUUAGCUGUGCUACUCCC